AUGCAGGCGGAGCGGGGCUGCAGCCGGCCCCGCAGGGAGGGGGCCCGGCACGGCCGGCGGCGGCCCGGCGGCGCACCCGACGCGGCGACGGAAGGAGGCGGCGGGGACGGCCACGGGCGCGGAGGAGGCGGGGGCCGGGGAAGAGGCGGCGCUUACGGGCACCGAGGAGGCGGGGGACGGGGCAGGCGAGAGGCUCGAGGUCGCGGGGCAGCGCCGCCGCCCAGCGCUCAGCAGCACCGGCGGGUAGAGGAGGAUGAUGAUUCCGAAUCACGACAUGAAGAAGAGAAGCAAGACAUGAAAUGCUAUUCAAGAAGAAAGGUAUUUUCUAACUGGAGCCGCUAUGAGGAUACAGAAAAAGAGGGACAGAGUGAAGCUGGGGAGUCACAGAGAGGAACAGACUUCAGUGUUUUGCUUAGCUCAGCAGGAGAUUCCUUUACACAGUUUCGAUUUGCUGACGAGAAGGAAUGGGAUAAAGAAAAUCUAUGCCAUAAGCAGUUCUCUGCACUUUCUGUUGACUGCCAGUCUUUGGUCCAGGCCCUUCAGGAAUUGCCUCUACAUCUGAGGCUGAAUGUAGCUGCUGACCUUGUGCAGGCAUCAACACCUCUAGAGAUCCCACAGAUGAAACCUAAAAUCUUUGAAGAUGGGAAGAAGAGAGAGAAGCUGUUUCGACAGUCUCUGGCUCAAAGUGAAACCGGGUUGGUCUCCCAUCCUGUUGGUAAUUCUGUUGCUCCAUCAGAACCUGUGAAUAAAAAUGGCUCUAUGGCAAAUGCAAGAGAAUCAUUUCAAAGAAUCCAUCCACUAUCAAAUCAAGACACUGACCAUUUGGAUGAAGAACUAGAUCUUCUCCUGAAUCUAGAGGCUCCCAUUAAUACAGAAGAUAGACCUGUGUCAGGUACAUUAUCCUGCAGCAUAUCAACUGAGAAAGAUUUGAAAAUGGAUUAUAACGAAAAUGAGCCUUUAAAAGUAGAUAUGCCUGAAGAGAAGUGCACAUCAUCACAGCAGCAGCAAAGUGCAUCUAAAGAUGUUACUGAAGAAGAGCUUGAAGAUUGGCUGGACAGCAUGAUUGCCUGAAGCUCAGAUUUCCUCAUAUGAAUAAUUGAAUAUAGCAAACAUUAUGUAGAAACUUGAAUCUUUCUUUAUCUCCUUGUUAUUUCCUUUCUCUGUGUGCCAAAUGCCUGUUUUUCUUUGGUGGCACGUAAAAGUUUGUGCAAGUAAAAUUAAUUUUGAUAAGAUUGAAAAUUGUUGAAGACUAAUGAUAUUAUUAGAAAGGUUUAAAGUUUGUGAUGUAUUUAGAGUUUUCUUUGCUAAAGAAGCCAGCUAAAGUGCAGAAAGAAAACAUUUAUUUCAGCUUGUACUUGCUCUAUGUAGUUCCUAAAAUAAAGCUGUGGAUGAACAAUGAA